AUGACCGGGUCGAAUGGCGAUCUAAGGGCGGCGAUCGAUAAGCGGGACUUCGAUACAAAUAGGCCGCUACUAGAUGGCGAUGGUUCUGGCAUGGAUAGAGCCGCACAUGGACACUUGUAUAUACGACCGGGCUCGGGCCACUCCACAGGCAGUCGUUUCACUGACGGCGAUGAUGGCUUGCUAAACGAUGUGGUCGAUGAGAUUGUGGAGCGGGAUCGAAGGAAGAUGGCCAAAGAAGUGGUGCGGGUUUGCAGCUUUGUCUGGGGAGUGAUUAGCUGUCUGGGGGCCGGUAGUAUUACUGCGUUUUCGCUAUAUGGUCAUCUGUUCCUUACUCGCCUCCACUACUCUCAACUCCAAGUGAACGCUGUCUCGAUUGCGGCGGAGAUUUCCAUGUAUCUCCCUGUCCCAUUGUUUGGGUAUCUCUGUGAUCGAUACACGCCACGCCCACUGGCUUUAUUUGCGGCUGUGGUUUUUGGAGUAGGCUAUCUUUUGGCCGCGUUUACCUAUAGGAGUGGGCCCCCGUCUGACAUGGGUGGACAAGGAUGGCCUUUUAGCAUCAUGGUGCUGGCCUUUGUGGCCAUCGGGAUGGCCACAAGUUGUAUGUACUUGGCUGCGGUGGCAACAUGUGCCAAGAAUUUUGGCAGAAGCAAGCAUAAAGGAAUUAUGCUGGCCGCGCCUAUCGCGGGGUUUGGCCUCAGUGGUAUGUGGCAGAGCCAAGUGGGAGCACACAUUUUAUGCGAGCGUCUAGACGACGGAAGUUGUGGAGACGUGGACGUGUUCCGCUAUUUUAUAUUCCUUUCUGCACUGUUGUUUGGGACUGGGGUCAUUGGCACGUUUGCAUUAAGGAUCGUGGAUGACGAAGAAAAGUACAUUGAUGAGGCAGUUGACGAACUGGAGCGAAGUGGUCUCCUCGAGAACAGUCAGUUCUUUCAACCAAGAAACGAGGUCCUAGAGGCCUAUGGGACAUUUUCGCAGGCAAACGGGGAUCCUACAGAUGACGAGCGGACACUAAACCAGUCCGAGGAAGAGCGCGAGGCCGCUAGAAUUAUGAAGGAACGCGAAGAAGAGGAGCGGAGGAAGAAGAACUGGUUACUGAACUACGAAACCAAAGUCUUCCUCCAAGAUCAGACCAUGUGGUGGCUUGCGGCGGGAUUUUUCCUAGUCACCGGCCCAGGGGAGGCAUACAUCAACAAUCUCGGAACUAUUGUACAGACAUUAGCACCGUUACCCAAAACCCCCAAUAUCCCAUCCCCAGCAGGUCUACCCUCGACACAUGUCACCAACAUUGCACUUACAUCGACAAUUGCUCGACUCCUCACAGGAUCACUUACAGACUUGUUUGCGCCUCCAGCGACUCAUUUCAUCGCUGGCAUAGUUGAAGACGGCCAUGUCUCAUUGUCAUCAUCUACGGGAAACCGACUCGUCCUCUCCCGGCUCUCAUUCCUUUUACUCUCGGCCCUCCUUCUAUCUCUCGGAUAUCUUCUCCUUGCAUCUCCUUUGCCUCUCCACCGUCCCGAACUCUCCCACAUAACCACAGCACUUGUUGGCCUCGGUUACGGCAGCGCAUUCUCCCUAGUUCCUAUCAUUAUAUCCGUAGUAUGGGGCGUGGAGAACUUCGGCACAAACUGGGGCAUUGUCGCUAUGGUCCCAGCCGUCGGGGCCGCAGUGUGGGGCAUCAUCUACUCGCGCGGCUACCAAGAUGCUAUGGAUGGGGGGAACGGAUCCCCGGAUGGCCAGUGUCACGGUUGGAAAUGCUAUGGGAUCUGGGCUAUGGGUUGUACCCUCAGCGUGUGGAUAGCUAUUGCAUCAUGGUCGGUUGCUUGGCGAUCGUGGAAGAGAAAGGGCAUUUCUGUUUAA